GUUGCAUACAGACCCCACAUUUGUUUGGGUCGCCUGGCUAUCAGAUCUACCUUUUCGAAUCGUUUCCGCCAUUUUUGGGGCAAACUUUGUAGUUUUUUCUCGUGUUUUCCGAAACGUACUUCAACAUGUCGAGUCCACAGGACGGUAUGCAGUUCUUCGAGAGCAACUACUAUGACGAAUACGAGUAUUACAACUUCGACACUGACAAAAUAGUUGCAUCAGGACAAGGAAGCGGCAAGGGCAGGACGAAACGCGAACAGGAGCUGCACAGUCAACGUUUCGACCCGUGUGGAAACGUCAGGAUAACCGUCACAAAGUUCCAAAACACGGAAAGAAAGAGGAAGAACUCUAACGACAGGAGCUGAAGCGCCACCUACCGGACAUCAAAGGACGGACAACAAAUUGGGUACCGACGCAAUUCAACAGAGGCCGUUGGGAAGACGUGCAAAAAGUCGGCGUUCCCUGUGGACCUUUGUAACUAUCAAACGGACUUCUACUGAGCAAAGGAUUGAGGACAUUGGGCACCGACAACUGAAGCUUUAAAGUGUCGAAACUGUGCGAGACGCUUGGUGAAUUGUAGAUUUUGUACCAGUUGCACACAUGUACACACGGGCAUAAAAUAUGUUCAGUUCCAGUAGUGCAAAAUAUAUGCUCAGCUGUACGAGUACAGUGAUAGUGCAGCGGUCCUGUGGCAUUCCUUUAUCAAAUGUAAGCAAACACGUCUUGUUUUACUAUGAAGUAAACAAGUAGAGUAGUCUUAUCGCCUGUAUCAUCUCAAUAUUUGGUCGACAGGUGCUCUUUUUCCCAUGGUACUCGCUCUGAAUUUGGAUAAAAUCUAAUCUACCAGGGUACUUUGGACAGAGCUAAGUCUCAACAAAGGUGGUACGCACAGUAUCUAAGUAUGUAUUUUGUUCUUAGGACGUAUUUCUUGUACAGACACGCCAAGUUUAUAUAUGUAUAAUAAACCUUUCAAAGGCA